AUGGCAACAAUGCAAGAGUGUCCAAGGAGUCCAGAAGCGAAACUUGGGAUGCGAGUGGAGGAUCUAUGGGAUAUUCAAGAAGCACAGUUGAGUCCUACUGAGAAGCUUAACGCUUGUUUUGAAAGCAUCCCUGUUUCUGCCUUUCCUUUACCAUCUUCAAACCAAGAAGUUGAAAUAAAAUCGGAUGCUACUUUGUCUGAGGCUGUGAAGAUAUUGGCACAUCAUAAUAUUUUGAGUGCACCUGUGGUGAAUGUUGAUGCGCCUGAAGAUGCUAGUUGGAUUGAUAGAUAUAUUGGGAUUGUUGAGUUUGCUGGAAUUGUUGUGUGGAUUUUGCAUCAGUCUGAACCUGCAUCUCCUAAGAGUCCAUCAACUCCAACCAGUGCCACUGCUAUUGCAGCCGCUGCAAACGGAAAUACUUUUGCUCUUGAGCUUGAAGCCUUAGGCCUUGGAUCUGCCUCCACAACUUCCGGAAACUUUUUCGAGGAUCUUACUUCUUCUGAACUUUAUAAGAACACCAAGGUUCGGGAUAUCUCUGGGACAUUCCGAUGGGCUCCGUUUCUUGCUUUGGAGAGAUCAAACUCUUUUCUAACCAUGCUCUUGUUGCUUUCUAAGUACAAGAUGAAAAGUGUUCCUGUUGUUGACUUAGGUGCAGGUAGAAUUGAUAACAUUAUCACACAAGCCGCCGUGAUUCAUAUGGUGGCAGAAUGCGCCGGACUUCAGUGGUUCGAAAAUUGGGGAACCAAGAAACUCUCUGACGUUGGUCUUCCUCUUGUGUCCCCAAAGCAAAUCAUCAAGGUUUAUGAGGAUGAACCUGUACUUCAAGCAUUUAAAGUGAUGAGGAAAGAGAAGGUUGGAGGAGUGCCUGUCAUCAAAAGCGGCAGCAACACGCCAGUUGGUAAUAUAAGCUUGAGAGAUGUGCAAUUCUUGCUAACAGCCCCAGAAAUCUAUCACGAUUAUAGGGCUAUUACAGUGAAGGAUUUUAUGACUGCUGUUAGCAGCUACUUAGAGAAGAAUAAAACCGCAUUCUCAAUGUCAUGUGAAUUUGUUACAUGCAAAAUGGACUGUACAGUCAAAGAGUUGAUUCAAUUGCUUGACAGAGAGAAGAUUCAUAGGGUCUAUGUUGUGGACAACAACGGGGACCUUGAAGGACUAAUCUCGCUAAGAGAUAUCAUCUCAAGACUAGUAGAUGAGCCCCGUGGCUAUUUUGGCGAUUUCUUUGACGGUGUUCUCCCACUACCUGCUAACAGCAGGGUUUAA